GUCCCCGGCAGGAGGUGGGAUUUCCUCUCCUCAUCACCAUCAUUCUCCUCCCAGGGAUGCAUCGGCGUGCUGUGCACCUGUCUCCCGUUAUAACUGGGUCAGCGACCUCUGAAAUGCUCUGUUUUAACCUGCGUCACCAGUAGCAUCGGGAAAAGCUUUGCACGCCGUCUGCGGUGGUAGCCGAGGGGGGUCCGGUCAGCCUGAUUCAGCCGGAGAAUGCGUUGACCGUGCGGCGUCGGGUCGGGGCGCAGCAGUGAGACAGCAUCUUUGCCGGGUGACACAUCAGUAUCGGUGCGAGAGGGCAAGACAUCAUGUCGGACAAAAGUGACCUAAAAGCAGAGCUCGAGCGCAAGAAGCAGCGCCUCGCCCAAAUCAGGGAGGAAAAAAAGAGAAAGGAGGAGGAGAGGAAGAAGAAAGAGGUAAGGAAAAAAUCUGAGAGCCAGCAGAAAACAGAGGCGACCCCAGAGGAUUCAGACUUGGAUCGUAAGCGGAGGGAGACCGAGGCCCUGCUUCAGAGUAUUGGCAUCUCACCAGAGCCUCCACUAGUCCAUUCUUUGCAGCCUUUAAUGUUAGACUCAUGUCAUUUUCGUUAUUUAGUCCCAACCCCUGUGUCCCCCUCUAAAUCGGUGAGCACACCCAGCGAGACAGGGAGCCAGGACUCAGCUGAUGGAGGACCAGCAGGCAGGUUUAGGUCAGGUUUCUCUAAAAACAAGUCCCAAGCACAGAGCUCAAGGACGCUGCAGUGGGACACAGACCCCUCUGUGCUGCAGCUGCAGGCUGAUUCUGAGCUCGGGCGAAAGAUGCUGAGGCUGGGGGCCUCUAAGAUCACACAGGUAGACUUUCUUCCCAAAGAGCUUGUCUCUUACUGCAAAGAGACACAGACGCCGCUGACUGCCCACCUGUCUGAAGUAGAGGAGGAGGAGGAAGAUGAAGAGAUGACGGAGGUGAAGCCAGGCCCUGGGUCCGACCAGCAGGAUGAAGAUGACAACAGGGAAUCCAAAGAGGGCUCAUUUCCAUUGCUCAGAGAGCUAACAGAGGAGGAGAGGCAGCAGAUCUUGCACUCUUCGGAGUUUCAGAGUUUCUUCGACUGCAGCAUUCGGGUGAUGGAGAGAGCUCUGGCCGAAGACAGCGACAUUUUCUUCGACUACAGUGGCCGAGACUUGGAGGACAAAGAGGGAGAUCUGGGUAGUGGCUCCAGCCUGUCCUUCAGUAGGCUCUUCUACGAUGAACACUGGUCAAAACAUCGUGUUAUCACCUGCCUUGACUGGUCCCCUCAGUAUCCUGAGUUGCUUGUUGCCUCCUAUAACAACAAUGAAGAUGCUCCUCAUGAACCAGAUGGCGUUGCCCUCGUGUGGAACAUCAAGUUUAAGAAGUCCACGCCAGAGUACAUCUUUCACUGUCAGUCUCCAGUGGUGUCCGUGGGCUUCGCGAGGUUUCAUCCCAACCUGGUGGUGGGUGGAACUUACUCAGGGCAGAUUGUCCUGUGGGACAACCGCAGUCACCGGCGAACUCCUGUCCAGAGGACUCCCCUGUCCGCUGCUGCACACACUCAUCCAGUGUACUGUGUAAACGUGGUCGGCACCCAGAAUGCCAACAACCUGAUCACUGUGUCCACAGACGGCAGGAUGUGCUCCUGGAAUCUAGACAUGCUCUCUCAGCCGCAGGAGACCAUGGAACUGGUGUAUAGUAAAUCUAAAACGGUGGCAGUGACUGGUAUGGCCUUCCCUACGGGCGAUGUGAACAACUAUGUAGUGGGAAGCGAAGAGGGCACUGUGUACACUGCGUCCAGGCACGGCAGUAAGGCCGGGAUCUGUGAGAUAUUUGAGGGCCACCAGGGUCCUGUGACAGGCAUCAGCUGUCACAGCGCUGUGGGGGCCGUCGACUUUUCCCACCUAUUCAUCACAUCCUCUUUUGACUGGACUGUCAAACUUUGGAGCACCAAGCACAACAGGCCCCUCUACUCCUUUGAGGACAACGCUGACUACGUGUACGACGUCAUGUGGUCACCUGUGCACCCCGCUCUGUUUGCCGCCGUGGACGGCAUGGGCCGCUUGGACCUGUGGAACCUCAACAACGAUACCGAGGUACCAACCGCUAGUGUGACCAUUGAAGGAGCGUCUGCGCUCAACAGGGUCCGCUGGUCUUCAGGAGGGAAGGAAGUGGCAGUGGGCGACUCCGAGGGUCGAGUGUGGAUCUACGAUACUGGAGAGCUGUCGGUGGCUCACGCCGAUGACUGGGCCCGUUUCGCCCGCACCCUGAUGGAGAUUCGUGCUAAUCGGGCCGACGGUGAGGAGGAGGGGCCUAUGGAGCUGGCUUCAUAGAACGGGACUUCAAAGACAGGCGCCCGUGAAUAAGCAGCCUGGCGCGCUUUUAUCAGUGUCACUGUAGCAUGUGCUUCUCAUUCACUCGGUUCGGUUUCCUCACAUUCAUGGACACGUUCCAAUCCAAAACAAGGCAACACCGUUAUCGUAUUUUUGCAAACAGUUGCUAACCCUUAAUUUCUACAGAUAUAUUUAAUGAAUCGAGGUGAUGUGUUGCUUGAAAUCUGUGAGCCUACAGUAUAUAGAGAGUGUCAGUCGUACAGCCUUAUGACAACUAUGUCCUUGAUUAUGCUUUGCACUACUGUAACAGCAGGGUCUAUAGACUAUUUAUGCAUUGUUUACAAGACGUCACAUUCCCUUUAUGUCCUUUCCCCCGUAUUCUGCCUGCAUGCCACACAGAUAUUCCAGAUGCAUAAACAUGGAGUCCAUAUGGUGACAUUACAACACAAUCAAGCUUGGUUGGUCUUUUCCUCCAAAUAUUACCUGUUGCUGUAUAUUCGUUACCCAUUAACGAAUAGGUGUAUUGUACUGCAGAGAACCAACUAUGUCUGCCAUUAAAAGCAUAGCUGACGAA